AUGAAUCAAAACUACGCACAGCUUUCUAUUCCUGAACUGAAGGAGGCAAGGGCUUCAAAAUUAAACAAAAUGAACAACUUUCGAAGCUCUCCUAUUGCUGAAAUAAUCAAUAAAAUACCGCUUGAUUACGGGAAAAUACAUAAUACAACAUUUCCUGAGUGCAAUCCAGUACUAAGAAGACGACAACAUGAACAAUGGCCUGUGCACGAAAAUCCAAUGCGGAUCGCUGAUAGUAUGUCUCCACAGAUAUCUUCCAUUAAUUGUUUGCCCAAUUUGUAUCCGUACGGUUCACUUUCAUUACCGAAUCCUUAUUUAUCAUAUAUAAAUCAUGUUGAAAAAGCUAACCAUCAGGACGUGAAAUUUAAAAACUGGAGUAUUCUACAUAAUCACAAUAAUGGAUUAGACAUUCCAACCCAUUUCAAUCCACGGACAACUCAAAAUAUGCCGUGUUCCGAAAAGGUGGAAACUUGGCUCGAGAGAUUGCCGAUCUUUGUGGGCUUUGACGGAUACUUAUUUACAAACUGCUUUGAUUAUGAGUAUAUGCUGGAUUGGGAAGAAACUGAGUUCACCUUCGAAAAAACAACAUGCAUGGAGACUGAUUAUUCUAGAGCUUUAACUGAUACUGAUAUUAUACACAUUCAAGAGAAAAAAAUUGAAACCUUGAUAAGAAACCAGUAUUUAAAGGAGUAUGAAUUUUCACAAAAAGAUUUCGAAUUUUGA